CAUUCCCUCAAAGUCCACAGGAAGAAGAAACGGAAAAGUAAAGGCUUCGUCUCUGCCGUAAAACGGAAGUGACUCGUCAGCCCUGGGGUCCCGCCUGGGGACCAAACUGGGCUCCAGCCUGGAAGGUGCCCACAGGAGGGGAUCUUGCGCUUGUCUCGAGACUGAAAUCACCCACUCUUGAGCCUCGUGAGCUCUUGGUAACAGCACCCGAGGAGGUCAGAAAUGCCUCGGCUGUGGUCUCCUGUUGUUCUGGGAGACUGUGAGCUCCCCGCUGCCCCUGUGACAGUGCCCGGAAAACAGGGCAGAGCUGUGGGCUCAGCCCGGGGGGGGACUGCGUCCCAGCCCUUGGACAGAGCUGCCCGAUGCGACGUGCUCCCCUCCCCAGGAGGGCGGCUCCCCUGGCUGUGCUCCAGCGGCUGUCCACGAGCACCCCGUGGCGAAAGACGUCCUCACGUAUUCUGGGCCCGGCCGUGAGGUCACAGCUGGACUGUGAGGUCACAGAGCCCCGCGGUGACGUGCCAGACAUAAGCACCGACCGCUCAGCCCCUGGCCCUCACUGCGGCGGCGGCAGCAGCAGCAGCAGCAGCAGCAGCAGCAGCAGCAGCAUCACGGUGCGAGUGCAGGGAGCCAUGGCCCCUGCCCGCCGCCUCCUCAUCCUCCUCGUCCUCCUGGUGGCCCUGCAUGUCAGGGCUGUCUGGGCUGCUCCGUGGCGAGCACGGGGAGCAGACGAGGGUGGUGGCAGUGGUUAUCCAGCUUCUCGGCUGGAUGCUGGUUUGGAGCCCUUGGGGCAUCCUGCAGAUCUUCUCGAAGUCGGUGGCUUCCCGACUUCUUGGUCUGUUCCUGUCCAUGAGCCCGAGAGCAACCCCACAGCCGUGCCGGCAGGCGAAGGCGAUGCAGCUUCCCGGCUGGGCUCCAGGACUGAGGCUCCGGGAGAUGGCAUGGUUACAGAUGGGCCUGUAGGGAGGACUUUUCCAGCUCCUCGGCUGGAUGCUUUUCUACAGCCCGGCUGGCAUCGCAGGGGUCCUCCCAGAGCCAAGUACCCAGCUGACGGAGGAAAAAAGUCCCUGCAGCCAUCUGAAUUCCGAAGGCAAAUGCUGGAGGAACUGGAGAGAGGACACGGGACGGACCGAGAGGCUGUGCAGAAGGAGCUGUUUUCGGGAGGAAGCAGUGGCUCACUGCCAGUCUCCGCUGAAGAACUGGAGGCGAGGCAGGCCCCUGGCACACCAGUGCUGUCAAAGCCCGGAGAAGACCACCGCGGCAGCGUAUAUGAAUUUCUUCGAGCGGACUCAGAUGUGGUCGGCAAGAGAACCACGAGCGGUUACGAGCCCCAGAGCUCCGCCAGCGUCCUCUGUCCCCAAGAUGUGCGGAGGCGCUGUAUGAUAGGCACGGCAGUACUCAUGGUUGCCCUGCCGCUUGGAAUAGUUUUCUGCUGCGUCAUGAUCCGGCGGCGGAGGAAGAGGAAACAGCGUGCCUCUGCCGCUUCAGGCUACCGCUCGCGCUCGGACAGCCGGACCAGCCGCCCCGGCACCGCCGAGAGAUGGGACCAACGACAGCGGCCGACGGUCCUGCCUGGAAAACCGGCGCGCCCGCCCUCCCCGCGGCCCCCGCGGCCCCCCAGCCCGUCCCUGGCGGCUCUGCUGCAGCGGGACGAGGCCAGCACCCUGCAGGACCGACCAACACGGCCAUCCCAGCCCCGCAACACGUUUCUCUGA